AUGAGCUCAAUUCCACAACCUCCUGGACGUCUGAUCUCUCAUUUCGCUAAUAGAUCUCGAGAGACUCAAAGUACCGGAUGGUCAGAACUAUGGGAGACAAACCAGAGCGAUCUCUGGGAUCGUGGGAAACCAUCGCCGGCAUUGAUUGAUUUCAUCGAAAGCCGACCAGCGGUCUUGCCUAAACCCGAGAAUGGUCGUCGUUUAAAAGCGCUCGUGCCUGGCUGCGGAAGAGGCUACGACGUAGUCGCGUUGACCCUGCAUGGUUUCGAUACAUACGGUCUUGAAGUGUCGAACAAGGCCGUCGAGACGGCUAGAGAAUAUGCAAAAUCAGAACUAGCUAAGCCUAUCCAGCACAACUACGGCGAAAGGUCCAGCGAGUGGCCCUUGGAACACGCAGGAAAAGCAGAAUUCGUCCAGGGCGACUUCUUCCAGAGGGAUUGGGAAGCUGCUUGUGCUUCGGAUGGCGUCAGGGGGUUUGAUUUAAUCUACGACUAUACUUUUCUCUGUGCGCUUCUACCUGAAAUGCGAAAAGACUGGGCCCGUCGCAUGCGCGAGCUUCUCGCACCUGGUGGUAUUCUAGUCUGUCUGGAGUUCCCACUAUAUAAGGAUCUCAAAGCUCAAGGGCCACCGUGGGGUCUGAGGGGUGUGUACUGGGAUCUCCUCGCAGUGGGGAAUGAUGGCAUCCUGAAUGAACCCAGCGAAGAAACAGAUGGUGCUCAAGGACCAUUUGAGCGAGUUCUAUACUUUAAACCAGCUCGGUCAUACGACAGUGGAAGAGGGACUGAUAUGGUGAGUGUCUGGCGUGCGAGGGCUCAGCAGAUCUGA